CAAAGCUUUUUUCCCUAAUUUUUUUAUUUUUCGAAAUAAUGGUAAUUACCAGCCAAAGUUCCAAAUUCCUCUAGGGUUUGUCGAAAUUCAGACUGAUCAACAUUUCUGUAUAGCAAGAAGCGGAAAAAGAAUUUCUUUGGGUGGAAAAUCAACAGCGACUCACUCUAUACGUUCCACCAUUGCUGCAAUUUUAUAGGGUUCGAAGAGUCAAAGACAGGUCAUUGGGUGUUGCUACAAUUACCGGUUGAACUGAGGGAGACAAUUGAAGUUGGCCUAUUUGCGGUUGCCAAAGUUGUAGGCAAAUGGAAUGUAAUAAAGAUGAAGCUGUUAAGGCCAAAGGAAUUGCUGAGCGGAAAUUAACUGAGAAGGACAUUGCUGGAGCUCAAAAAUUUGCUUUGAAGGCUCGAAAUCUGUUUCCAGACCUUGACGGUCUUUCUCAGUUCCUGGAGGUUGUCAAUGUUUAUGUUGCUUCUGAGAAGAAGAUCCACGGUGAAGUGGAUUUCUACGGUAUCCUUUCCGUAGAUCCGUCAGCUGAUGAUGAAACAAUAAGGAAACAUUACAGACGGCUAGCUCUAGCUCUUCACCCUGAUAAAAAUCAAUCUGUUGGGGCAGAUGGGGCGUUUAAGAUUUUAUCUGAAGCGUGGAGUUUGUUGUCUGAUAGAACCAAAAAAAUGGUGUAUGAUCAUAAGCGAGGUAUGAGGAAUGUUUCCAUGGGGAAUUCAUCCAUGCAAGGCAAUCAGCACGGAUCUCAUAAUUUCCCCAUGAACCCAGCAAGUGCAAGAAACUCAACUAAUGCUAAUGUCCAGCCAACCCCGGUGGCUCCACAGCCAUCAAAACGAGAGACAUUCUGGACAUCUUGCAUUCGAUGCCAGAUACAGUAUGAAUAUUUAAAGCUUUACCUAAACAAAAGUCUUAUGUGCCCAAACUGUCACCGGCCUUUUUUGGCAGGAGAGGUUAUUGCUCCUGUGAACAAUCAAGCUUCCUCUUUUCCCUGGUCUUCCAGUCAGCAGCAGCGUACAAGCAAUCGUGCUGCUAACGGAUCUUCUGCUUCAGGUGUGAAGCUCCCUACAGCUUUAAAUUCAGGACAAACAGGAUAUUCUGGCUUUGGCGCAACAGUUAGAGCAGACAUUCAGCAGGAUCCAGUUUUUAAGACAAGAGGUGCAAAUGGUGUGCAGUCCAAUGCCACUACAGUUAUGCAAGCUGCACAGCGCGGCCGGCCAGCUGGUGAGAACUUGAAGAGAGCUCAUGCAGAAGCAGCUUCCGUGAAAACUGAUGCAGGUUUUGUUCCUGAUUCGGCUUCCAGUUUUUCCAAAGUUGAUAGGGUAAUAAAAAAGAGACGCAUGGCUGAGUUGAAGUCAAAUUGUCAAAGAAAAGGAAUGGUGAAUGAAUUGGCUGGAAAAGUUGGAUCUAGCAGCCAAGGAAACAUACAUGGAAAUGAGAAUGGGAUUUUGAGAGCAGAGAGGGUCGCCGUUGCGGGAAGUAACAAGCCUAGGAGUUCAAAGGAGUUGUCCAAUUCAGAAAUUCGUAAUAUGCUGGUGAAAAAGGCAAGGAUGGAGAUCAGCAAGAAGCUUAAAGAAUGGAGCACAGCUACUGCUUCUAAAACUUCAUAUAAGGAAGAAAAAGAAGUGGAAAAGAAGAAGCAAGCUCCUAAAGUUAUCACAAAUGAUAUGAGAAGGGAUAAAACUGCUAAUGAUGCAGUGGUGGAUUCCAAAAUAGUGUGCGAGCAGAAAAAGUCUUCCGUCUUUAUUGCAGCUGUUGAUUUAGAACAAGAAGUUACAUCGAUGACUGUUCCUGACCCUGACUUCCAUAAUUUUGACAAGGAUAGAACGGAAAAAUCUUUCGAUGAUAAUCAAGUUUGGGCUGCUUAUGACGAUGAUGAUGGCAUGCCGCGCUAUUAUGCUCUGAUUCACAAUGUGAUAUCUAAAAAGCCAUUUAAAGUGCAAUUCAGCUGGUUGAACUCCAAAAACAACUCUGAAUUCGGCCCUAUUAAUUGGAUUGGUUCUGGAUUCCUCAAGACCAGUGGAGAUUUCAGGAUAGGCAAGCAUGAAAUCAGUAAGACGCUCAAUUCGUUCUCCCACAAGGUCAAGUGGGUGAAAGGAGCCAGAGGUGUUAUCCAAAUUUAUCCAAGAAAGGGGGAUGUUUGGGCUGUGUACAGGCAUUGGUCUCCUAAAUGGAAUGAGCUAACUCCGGAUGAUGCGAUACACACCUAUGAUAUGGUGGAAGUGCUUGGAGACUACACAGAGAAGGAAGGUGUCACAGUUGCUCCAUUAGUCAAAGUAGCUGGCUUCAAGUCAGUAUUCCGUCAGCAUUUGGACCCCAUGUAUAUUCGGCAUAUUCCCAGGGAAGAGAUGUUUCGCUUCUCUCAUCAGGUCCCUUCAUACUUGCUUACAGGCCAAGAAGCUCCAAAUGUUCCCACUGGAUGCUGGGAGUUGGAUCCUGCAGCCCUGCCGUUAGAACUUCUUAAAGUCAUGACAGAUGCUGAAAUAGAGGCAGAGAGAAAAGCUGCAGAUCCUUCAAACUCAGAAAGGACAUGUGGUGAAAGCAAAGAGGAGGAGAAACCCUAUGUGGUUGGCGACAGCAAUGUGAUAAAGGGCGAAGAGACGACCAGAGAUUCCAAGCGUGAUGUCAAACAACCCAUAUUGACAUAUUCAAGAAAGAAGAAGGUGAAGAAGGCGGAAGCAAGUAACAUUGAAGCCAAGGGAGAAACAAGCUUGGCUGCUGCUGAGGACUAGCCUAUGAUCAAGUAAUAUUGGUGCUAUCGGUAUUUUGAUUGCCAAUGAUAGAGUAGUGUAGAUGAAGAAGACAUUGAAUCCGGCACCCAAGUGAAUAUUUGAUUUUGAUUUUAUGUGCUUCUAUAGGUUUACCAUUCAAGAGAGAGCUAUAGUGUAAAAACAAAAAACUUGAAUCAUACCUGUAUAUUUCAAGUUUUUUUAAAGUAACUUUUGGACAAUGAAUUUUCUCA